AUGGCGCCGUCGUUGGAAGAGCCGAUGCCGUCGGUAGCAUCUGCCAUCGAUUCAUAUCGGAAGAAAGCACCUUCCCUGGUCGCACCCGAGCCCGAACAUUGCCCAGGCCCGGAAGGAGAGCAAGCAGGCAAAGCAGAUGCCUGUGCUGGAUGCCCAAACCAGCAAAUAUGUGCAUCGGCGCCGAAAGGCCCAGAUCCAGAUAUCCCGAUCAUCACACAACGUCUGGCACGUGUCAAGCACAAGAUUCUGGUGCUGAGUGGCAAAGGUGGAGUUGGCAAGAGCACAUUCACCACUAUGCUUUCACAUGCUUUCGCCAGCAAUCCUGAUAACAAUGUCGGCAUCAUGGACACAGACAUAUGUGGUCCGAGCAUACCAAAGAUGAUGGGUGUCGAGACCGAGACGAUUCAUGUCACAAGCACAGGCUGGGAGCCCGUGUGGGUCACUGACAAUCUUGGCGUCAUGAGUGUGCAGUUCAUGCUUCCCAACCGUGAUGAUGCUGUCAUCUGGCGUGGACCCAAGAAGAACGGAUUGAUCAAGCAGUUCUUGAAGGACGUCGAGUGGGGCGAGAUGGAUUACCUUUUCGUCGACACGCCUCCAGGCACUUCAGACGAACACUUAAGUGUCAACACCUUUCUGAAGGAGGCUGGUAUCGACGGCGCAGUCCUUGUGACGACCCCACAAGAAGUCAGUCUGCUCGAUGUACGGAAAGAGAUCGACUUCUGUCGUAAAGCUGGCAUCAAAGUGCUGGGCUUGGUUGAGAACAUGAGCGGCUUUGUGUGCCCAAAGUGCACGCAUCAAUCAGACAUCUUCCGAGCCACCACUGGUGGUGGGAGAAGAUUGGCAAAGGAGACUGGCGUUCCGUUCCUGGGUGCCGUGCCUCUUGACCCAAGAAUUGGCAUGAGCUGCGACUUUGGCGAGAGCUUCUUUGACAACUUUGGGGAUUCGCCCGCUUGCGAAGCUCUGAAAGGUGUAGUCAGGCGCGUUGGAGAGGAGAUCGGUGUUGGCGCCGACCAGGUGCUUGCAGAUGAGUGA